AUUUGUCAAUGUAAGCUGUCAAAGUUAUGAACUUUUGUAAAACGUAAUGAAAUCUUGAACUUUACAAAAACAGUACAAAUAUCACAAACUUUAAACUAAUAAUGUGAUUGAGAUUAAACUGUCACGAUAUGGAUGACACAGAAAGCACUACAACAUCGGCAGAUGAAAAUACUGGCAACUUGUGUGAUAAUCCGACUAGGGAUACUCUAGCCGAAGGUUUACUAGGCCUACUUAAACCUACAGUGGACCAACUAGAUGACCGGGUUAGGAUUACUAGGAUUUCUCAGUUGGAAUUGAAGCAACAAAUCGAGUCACUAAACGAAGAGUUACUAAAAGUAAGAGAGGCACUCAAUAAUCAUCCUGAUUUAGACCCUUAUGUUAAGAAGUUGAUUGCUUGCAAACACAAAGUCACUGUUGUGCUAAACGUUUUACAAGCUUCUCAAGAUAGGCUAAAUGAAAUAAGGCGCAUGAUUAACAAGGAAAAGAGUGUUCGCACAUCUGUUCCUGAACCCACAAUACAAGAACCAGAGCAAAGCACUAGUAAUUUAGCUUCAGACCGUGGUUGCAUUAACUGAUAAUAUGGAGACACCUUAUCAAAAUCAUAUAAAUAAAACUGACUUUGAUCAUGUUUAUGAACCAGC